AUGCAUCAGAGAACGUAUACAUACGUCCUCGCGCCUAGGUGGGACUUUCGUCCCGACGGUCCCAUCGCACUCGGGAACAUCAUCGUCGACCCAUUCAGGCCGCACCGGGUCCUAACAAGACCCGACCCAGACAUCCCGACCGCUCCCAUCGAAACGGUGGUCGAAACCGACUGGUCGCUACAUCACCAAAGGGAGAAUGGUGUCAAGUCAAGCAUUUGGACCCACUUCCUCAACGCCAUGGGCGUCGAUCUCGGUUUCGAGGGCAGCAGGUCCCUUGAUGCCGACUACACCGUCGACUCCCUGACAACCAGCUAUUUCAGGGACGAGCCCUCCCAUGAAGAGAUCAUUCGACGCACUCAAGAUGGCAAGAUCCGAGAUCUAAUGCGCCUGGAUAGUGUGUUUUCCAAGCCCGUCUAUAUGAUCACUGGCGUCAAGAUUGCAAAGGGAUUCCGAGUAUCUGAAAGCCGUUCCAGCUCCAAGGAGGCGAAUGCCGGGGGUAAAGCCGGUACAGCGGGAACCGUUAUUGGCGAUGUCAGUGUUGGUACGGAUAAUAAAAUCUAUUCGAAGGAGUCCGACAAGCAUCAAGGAAAGACAGAAAAUUAUAUUGUGUUCGCCUUCCAGCUCAUGAAGAUCGUGCCGAAGGGGUGGAAGCACAAGUCUUUCGAUGUGCAGGACUUCUACCCCAAGGCUGCUCUGCUGCUGGGCGAUGAAGAAGAAGAAACUGAGACCGAACUCGAUGUGUCUUAUGCCACGGCGGCGGACUUCGCUGAUUCUGACUUGGAUAUCCAGUUCAAAAUGACUGAGCUUGAUGAUAGCCAGGGUGCGUUCAGAUGUGUUUCUGCCGUGGCGUAA